CAGAGGAAAAUCAAAGAGAAAAGGGGAAAACAGAGGAAAAUAAAGAGAAAAGUGGAAAACAGGGAGAACCAUGGAAGAAGAGGACUGGUACAGUUACGUUUGGUGCUGUGGGUGGAAGAUCGGUGACGGCGGCUCUCGGUGUUCGACUGGGUGGCUGCGUUGGUUUUGAUGGAAGUUUUGGAAGAAAGGUUGGUUAUGGAGGAAGUUUCAUAAAUUGUGGUAGUGAUGAAGUGAUUGUUGAUAGUGGAGAAAGGGUUUUGAAAGUGGGUUCUGGUUUUCUCUAUCAGAGGGAGAAAAGAAUUGGAGGAUGAAUAUGAAUUUUUUAUUUAUGUUUUUUGUUCCCCUUUUCUGUUGCUCAAUCCUUCUUCUUAUAAAGAGAAGGGGGAAAAUUGGUCUCUGUCCGCUGUUCAGAGGGAUUUGGCUUCUUCUUGUCUUUUGGUAAAAUCUGUUCCUCUCUCAUAAAUCAAGAAAAUUGCAGGAAAGAUGAAGGCUUGUCCCUCUCCUCUGUUUUUGUUUAUGAAUGGUGCCAAAAUGAAAUGCUACAUUGAACAACUAUUGUGAUACAAGAGAUGAUAAGUCUCUUUCUUGAAUGCACAGCAACAAACAGGGUUCAAUCUCUCUCACUUUCCUCUCCUAUGAUCUUUUGAUUCUUUUCUUUCGGUUUGAUUUUCACACUCUCCUUGAUGCCCAGGCAAUAGUUAAGUGGGGAAAUACCAAAAUGUCCCUCCGUGUUUAUUUUCGGUAGUUAAAGUAUCGAAAUACUUUGUUAGAUGAAGUGCCGAAACAUAUUGGUCUGAUUUUCACUUUCAUUUUACUCUCAUUCACCAUUCACCUCCUCAUUCGACCUUCAAGCCCCCUCACCGUUCAUCAAUCUCCAAGAUCCACAAAGCACUUGCUGUUAAUCAUCUUGGGGCGACCUCAAAGGCUUGUUUUCUUCAUCAUUUUGUCAAGUACAACAUCUAUUCAACCCUAGAGGUUUGGUUCAUACUCUCUUGGACUCGUACCACUUUCAUCACACAUCACUCCCUAGUUAUAUAUAUAGAGAGUUCAGCAAUGUUACUUGAUGUACUAGCCUAAGAGCAGGCGUAGCUAAUGUUAGUUCAAGCUUGAGUCUAAUGCAGCUUAUUGGACUGGGCGGGACAAAAAGAAUGCUCAUGCCCGCCCAAAUCAAGCAAUCAGACGAACGAAAUCAGCUUUGGCGGGAUUCACAGAAUAACAUUGAAUUCCGCCCGCCCUUUAGAUAGGCCCACACGCCAGCUGGAAGAUUCCUUUAGAUUUGUCUUAUAUGUAUAAAGGCUUGGGCCUCGGUUGUCAGGCCCAAGUACAGCAAAAGUCUACAUCAUGAUCAUUCCCUCUAUAAAAGGAGAGGUCAACACCUUGUAAAAAGGACCUUUUGAACAUUUAAUGAGAAUAUUCCUUUUGUGAUAUUUUUAGUACUCUGUUAGGGUUUACUUUCUGUCAGUCUUCUACAUCAGAUCUCCCUAGUACAGAACAUUGGCGCCGUCUGUGGGUCUUACUUCGAUCUACUACUUGACAUAGAAGGUGAGAUUUAAGAUCCAUGGAAACUCGUUUGUGUGGCGUGGGCCGCCGCGAUCAUCGCCGGAGGGGUGGUGGUCGUCACGGCGGCCGCGGCGGUGGACGGUACAACAACCGUGAAGUACCUCAAGAGCCGGAGCAGGAGGCUUCUUCGGCGGGGGUUCACUCGGUGGCGCAGUCACCGGUGUCGUUGGUGAAUGCAGCUCCGGGAAGACCUUCAGAUCUGAUAGCUAGAUCAGAUCCAGGAGUCAGGCGACGAUGAGCGCCGCCUGAAUACAUAAAUCUGGAUGACCUCAAAACCAGCGUUCCGAGAAAAGCACCAGAGGUAGUGACGGGAAUCACUCCGGCGGCCUUGCAACAAAUGUUGGACACUUUGCAAAAAAUACAAAGUCAGAACGAGCAGUUGCAAGCCCAGGUGGAGUAUUUAACCCAGCGACAAGACUAUAAGCAAGAACAACGGCUCGAGGCCGAAGACGUUGUUGAGUUCCAGCCUUUUGUUCCCGCCAUCACAAGGGUGGGCAUACCAAAGCAUCUGCAAACGAUGGUUUUGGACGCCUUUUCAGGCGACUCAGACCCCAUGGAACACUUGCGUUACUUUAACACGAAAAUGGUUAUUGGAGGAGCAACAGAUGAGGUGAAGUGUAGGUUGUUAUCAUCAACAUUCAAGGGGAUGGCGAUGCAAUGGUUCAUCCGUCAACCGCCCUUCUCUAUUGACAAUUUUACUGAUUUGUCCACAAAGUUCUUAACUCAAUUCUCCGCCAAUAAAACUACCAAGGCAACCAUGUUUGAUCUUAUCAGCAUACAUCAACAGCCAGGGGAGAAGCUCAAGAACUACAUGGCGCGAUUUAGUAAAAUGGCGGUUCAACUGGAGGAAGACAAUCCGGAUGUUUGCCUAGCGUCUUUCAAAAAUGGUCUCCGGGCGGGUGAUUUGAAUCGGGACUUAACGAGGCGACCAGCAAAAGACAUGAUGGACCUUCGUGCUCGUGUUCAGGAAUUCAUAUUAAUUGAGCAAGAUGAUCAGAAAAAACAAGAAAGAGAGGAAGGACGCAAGCAAGCCCAAUCUGGCGGGGUGUCACAGGAUAAACCUAAGGCGGGGAAGGAAACCAGGGUAGCACAAACCCCCCGUGUACCAAGACCGGGACCAUAUCAAAACCCCAAACCAGGAUUUCAAAAUACAUGGCACAGAAAUUCUCAAGGUCCCGCUGCAGCCACAACUGGUCAGCAUGGUGCUUCGCUUGCUCCAGUUCCACUUACCAAGUUGAAUGCACCCUUAAGCACCAUUUUAAGGGCAGUUGGGCAAACAAACGUUGUGCAGUACCCGCCACCACCACGGCGGCCGCCAGCUAAUGUAGAUACCAAUAGGUGGUGCGAGUACCACAAAGCGUUGGGGCAUACGACAGAUAAUUGUUGGAAUUUGAGGCGGGAAAUUGAUCGUUUGAUUAAGGCUGGUCAUUUGGCAAACUUCGUUAAAGACACAGCAACGCCAGAGGUCGCUAGGAUCACCCAAGGGGACAAAGGCAAAGGCAAGGAGAUAGUUGAAGAGUUGGGCGAUCCUGUUGGGGAAUGUUCAUCUAUUGCAGGAGGAUUUGGUGGGGGUGCAAUUUCAAGUAAGGCUAGAAAACGCUAUGUAGCGGCAGUACACUCAGUACAUGAGGCAAGCGAAAGCGAGUGUUGGGUGAAUCACUCCCCUAUCAUAUUUACCCCUCAGGACUUUGCGCAUGUGAUUCCCCAUGACAACGAUCCAAUUGUGGUAACAAUCAGGGUUAACAAUUAUGUGACGAAGAAAGUGUUUUUAGACCAGGGGUAUUCGGCAAAUAUCAUUUAUGGAGAUGCCUUUGAUCGCCUGGGGCUAAAAGAAUCAGACUUGAGGCCGUAUAAAGGAACUUUGGUAGGAUUUACAGGGGACCGUGUCACUGUUCGGGGAUAUGUGGAAAUACCAACUGCCUUUGGCGAAGGAGAGUUUGUAAAGAAAUUUCAAGUGAAGUACUUAGUCUUGGCGUGCAGAGCCAAUUACAAUGUACUCUUGGGGCGAGACACCCUCAACAAGCUAUGUGCGGUCAUUUCAACUGCUCAUUUGACUGUUAAAUAUCCAGCCUGCAAUGGAAAGGUUGGGGUAUUACAUGCGGACCAAAAUGCAGCAAGAGAAUGUUAUUUAAGAAGUGUGGCGCUCUAUGGGCGUAAGGCCGCCAAAGAAAGUCACAGAAUCACGGAAAUCUUUCCACAAGAGGGAUUUAGUUUGGAUCCAAGAGACGAUGCUGAUGAUUUCCGCCCACAACCUCUGGAGGAAACCAAGCAAGUACAAAUUAAGGAUAAAUUUUUAAAAAUUGGCAGCAGUUUAACAAAGGAGCAAGAGGAAAGAUUGAUCACCCUGCUGAGUGAUAAUUUAGAUCUCUUUGCAUGGACCAUCAAUGAUGUACCAGGGAUUGAUCCCAAUGUGAUCACUCACAAACUGGCCAUACGACCAGGGGCGACCCCAAUCAUCCAACCAAGGCGAAGAAUGAGUGAAGAAAAGAACAAGGCUGUACAAUUAGAAACUGAGAAACUGAUCAAGGCUAGCUUCAUCCGUGAGGUGCAGUACCCAACAUGGCUCGCCAAUGUUGUGAUGGUCAAAAAAGCCAAUGGGAAAUGGCGGAUGUGCACGGAUUACACAAGCUUGAACAAAGUGUGCCCCAAAGAUUCGUAUCCACUUCCCAAUGUUGAUAAGCUUGUGGAUGGAGCUUCCGGGAAUGAACUUUUAAGUCUCAUGGAUGCUUACUCGGGCUACAAUCAAAUCAUGAUGCAUCCCUCGGACGAGGAAAGUACAACAUUUAUGACCAAUCAGGCGAAUUAUUGUUACAAGACAAUGCUUUUUGGUUUGAAGAAUGCAGGAGCUACGUACCAACGGCUCAUGGAUAAAAUUUUUUCAAAACAAGUGGGCAGGAAUAUGGAGGUAUAUGUGGACGACAUGAUUGUAAAGUCCGCCAGGGCUAGUGAUCAUGGCAGCGAUCUCAAGGAAGCGUUCACUCAAUUAAGAACAUAUCAAAUGAAGUUGAAUCCUGAGAAGUGUUCUUUUGGGAUCCAGGGAGGAAAGUUCUUGGGAUUUAUGUUGACAUCAAGAGGAAUAGAAGUGAAUCCUGAUAAGGGAAUGGCGAUCUUGGAGAUGAAAAACCCAACAAGUGUAAAGGAGGUUCAACGUUUGACAGGACGAAUGACCGCCUUGUCACGUUUCUUGCCAAUGGCGGGUGACAAAGCGGCCCCAUUCUUCACAUGCUUAAAAAAGAUUCAAAGUUUCAGUGGACAGAGGAAUGCGAACAAGCUUUUACCAAAUUAAAAGAAUCAUUGGCCACAUUACCAGU